CUAGACUUUCCGUCUUUGUUGGCGCCUUCCCCACUCCAGAUCCUCCAGCACUGUUGUCAAACAAGUCUUUCCUCCAUGUUUUUUGUUAUUGUCGCAUACCAUCGGUUUAAAAUAUGGACAUGAAUGUCGAUGCUGAGUGGAAUGCACUGUUCAGCCCGCCCUCGGAUGACAUCUCUUUUGAGUUCACAGGUCUUCAUGACAGUGAUGGGUUCGACUCGCCUAUCUACCCAUCCGGACAAUCAACGCCAGGUGACAGUCAGCAUGCUUUGGAACUUGGAGACAAUCUCCAAAACAUCUUGAAUGACGCGAUAUCCGGGGAGUCGACGCCCGACUCUCAGCCGAUGCCAAAAAGUGGGGGACGCUUCUCGAGAGAGGUGGUGCGGGUGCUAAGAGACUGGCUCAAUGCUCACAAGGCUCGACCAUACCCGAUUAACGAGGAGAUGGAGAUGCUGCAGCGACGUACUGGAUUGAACAAGACUCAAAUAGCGAAUUGGUUUGCGAACGCUCGCAGAAGAGGCAAGCUCUCGAGAGCACCUUCUUCAUACUCUUCGCAAAAUACUUCAAGUAGGCCAGUUGACAUCGCACCCAGGCCCGACACACCAGCCUUCAAGCGGAAAGUGCCCUCUUUGAACCCAAUGGAAAGGUGGCAAUCUUCCCCACCAGAACACGAACCUGCAGCAGUCUCUGACAUCGCUCGCGCUGUCGAAUCGAACGUUGGAACUUUCUCAGACAACAACAACCGUUUUGAGUACAAGGACGACACAAAUCAGUCGUGGUACAAUACAUCCUCGGCCAGCAGUGCAGGAACUUCAGCCUCGAGCGAUCUCUCUGCUACUUCGCAACAUUCCAAGUCCAUAAACUCUGUCAAGUCCGCAGCUUACUCUCGCAAGCGACGAAUGCGUGCGCGCAUUCCACGGACAUCCUUGGUAGGGUUUCUGCUACCCUAUCAGUGCACCUUUUGCACCGAAGACUUCAAAACUAAACAUGAUUGGCAACGUCACGAGAAGUCAUUGCACCUACCCACAGAGCAGUGGAUAUGCACCCUCCAUGGUCCCCAAGCUCUCAAGCUCGAUACUGGCCAUAUGUGCUGUGUCUUCUGUAAUGAGCCUGAGCCCAAUGAUGCACACCUUGGAACUCAUAACUAUCAUUCUUGUCGUGAGCGCAAACUCGAAGGGCGUACAUUCAACCGAAAAGAUCAUCUGAAUCAGCACUUGCAGCUGGUCCAUAAUUCCAAAUUUGACAAAUUAACAAUGAGCUCAUGGAGAGUGCCGAUGUCGAGCAUCAAGACCAGGUGUGGCUUCUGCGAUCUCAAGAUGGAGACAUGGGAGGAGCGCGUUGAUCACCUUGCUGGGCACUUCAAGCAGGGCGUGACGAUGGCAAGUUGGCAAGGCGACUGGGGUUUGGACGAUCGACACCAAAAACUUCUCGAAAAUGCAAUUCCGCCAUAUCUCAUCGACUACGAACGUAGUACGCCCGCUCCCUUUAGUGCAAGUCAGCGUCCAGAUGGAUCACCUACCACAGCCUAUGAGCUAAUCAAGAUUGAGCUCGACCACUCCAUGCAGACACGUUUCGACCUCUCUGGUAGAAUGCCUGAUAACUCAAGUAUGCAACUUGAGGCCUGCCGUAUUGUCUUCGCGUCUGAGGCCUUAUCAACGAAGCAGGACACAUGCCCUUCUUCGUGGUUGCGCGACCUAAUCAUGUCGAGCCAACAUAUCGCGAAUGAGGCUAAAUUUGGGCCGUUACGACUGCACAAUGAGUGCCGGUUGUCGACACUCGAGAUCAACGGCCGGGACAACAUAUUUGAGCUUUGUCCGCUCGAGGCUCGUCUGUGGACUUUUGUCCAAGCUGAACGAGCAACUGUGGGAGCUGUAACAGACGAAACCCUGCAAAAUGAAGCAAGUAAGAUCGUGACUUACAUGGAGCAGAUCUCGAAUACACCAUCCGAUGUUUUUGCAAACUGGCUAAUCAAGCUCAUCCACGCAGAUACAGAUUGGCUAUCGGAAUUCAAAAUGCGUGCCUGCUCUUCUGAGUCUGGACCUGCACUGGAUCUCGAACCGCAAGACGCUGGGUCAAUUCUGACUCAUCAUUUGGGCCCAGUGUUGCAGCCUUUUCCGCUGUACAUGGAGUCGAUCAUUGAUUCUUCUCAAUUGGAUAUUCAAGAGGGACAUGUUGAUCCGGUAAAAUAUUAUCUGGCAAGGGUAUUGGAUCCUCCACGAGAUAGUGCUCAGGCAAUUUCCCCGGCUCGAUCAAGGAUGUUCAUCAACAGUGCCAAUUUCUUUUCGUGGCUUGUCCGCGAUCUUGCCCGGUGGGUUGCAGCGACUAUGUCACCGAAUAAUCCGAAUUGUCACAUUCCAACUGACGAGGAAAUCCAGCACCAGGCCAGGUGCAUUGUAUACGAUGACGACGAUCCAUGGAACCAGACUGCAGCCGAUAAUGCACAAUGGCUACGACAGUUCAAAAGAGACGUUGGCAUCCUUGAUGAACUCAAUGAUCCCAACGAAGCAAACUUAAGCAGCCUGUACAUAUGAUGUGUACCAUCUGACCAGGAGCUGGGAACUGUCGAGCAUUUCGAAAGAUUAGUCAGAUCUCGACGUCACACUUGGUCUUUCUCAUCUCGACCCCAAACUUCGGAUUAAGCCUCUGGUACAGGUCGACCGUCGACAUGUAUGAUCGUUCGGUGGGUCGCUCGGCGAACUUCGUUAUACGAAGAAUAUCCAC